AUGUCAGAUGCUGAAGGUGAAGAUGAGAAAAGAGCAGGAGGAAGAGAAGACCAAACAGAGACUGACACACUCCAGAUUACCAGGAAGUCUCAAGUCUACACUGCCACCAGAGACACACUUUUCCCAAAGAAGAUAACUCACAACACAACACAUGCACUGUCACUAGAGUGGGUAUUUGGGAUGAAUCCUGCUCUCCCUGCCUUCAGUCUGCAAGACCACAAUCAGCUGGUGGUCCUCUAUGCUGGAGCUCAUGUUGGAGUCAUCUACAAUCACACCACUAACUCCCAGCACAUACUGCAGGGUCACUGCGGCUCCAUCUCAUGUGUAUGUGUGAGUGAAGACAGACGCUGGAUUGCAACAGCAGACCAGGGGCUGAAAAGCACAGUGAUGAUAUGGGACUCCUACUCAGGCAUUCCUGUGCAUACACUGUUCAAUUGCCACCCUGACGGGGGCGUCACUGCGAUGGCUUUUUCAGGAGACACAAAGCAUCUGGUAACCCUCGGGUCUGAGGGUGUUCAAUGUGUGUGUGUUUGGGAUUGGACAAAUGAAAAAGAAAAGCCUUUGUGGGUCACUGAACUCAAUCCUAAACAUGGCUUCCAAGAUUACAUCAUUUUUAAUCCAAAUGAUAGUACGCAGCUGCUCAGUAGCAGUGAAAGUCAGGUGUUAUUUUACAGCACGGCCCAGGGAAGUCUGCAGUACUGUGCCCUGGAGCUUGAAAUGGUAAAAAUCUUUCAGACCAGUGGGCCACUCAGUCAGUCUGUGUUUCACCGGAGAGAGCCUCAGAUCCUGACCGCGUCGGCAGCGGGCAGCAUUGUGGUGUGGAACCUGAUGGAAGACUUUGCUGCAAACCAAUACUUCCCCACGUACAGAAUCAGGGUCUUUGACCUUCAGGACGACCCGAUCACUGCUCUCACCGUAACUGACAGCCUCAUCGUGACUGGUGACACUCAAGGCCACAUCAAGUUUUAUGAUGAAAACUUCCUGCUUCUCACUUGGUACAGUGAUUUCAACCUGGAUGCUAUUGUUUCCAUUUCCUUUUCUAAAGAGUGUACAGAGGGAUACCUGGAGGACUGCACUCUGGAGGCAAAACCGUUGAUCAUCAGGAACUUUAUUGUAACCACAGCUAGUUCCACUGUGGUACAUGUGAAUGCACAGAAAGGCAUCCCUCAGAUCCUGCGACAUGAGGACUGUGCGCCUAUACAUGCAGUGGCCUGUCACCCCAAACAGCCAUCUGUGGCCAUGGGCAAUCAAAGGGGUGUGUUAAAAGUGUGGGACUAUAACAAUAAAGUGAUCAUCCGAAGCAGGAUCUUCGAGACAGAGAAGCAGAUUCAGUGUGUCACUUUUGACCCUCAAGGAUUAUACCUUGCAGUGGGCUUCGGCAGUGGAGCUGUUCACAUACUGAAUCCCAGCACUUUACAAAGUGAUCCAGAGGAGUGUUUUUAUAACACUAAAGACAGCAUUCAUCUCAUCACUUUCUCCUCAGACUCAAAGUAUCUUGCCACUGCAGAUGCUGGAAAAGCUGUGACAGUGUUCCACUUGCAGACUAAUAAAGGCUCUUUGUCUCGUUGGGGCUAUCUGGGCAGAUACUGCUCUCAUUAUAAACCCAUCAAAGACCUUCUUUUUGGUGUUCACCUAGACAGCUCUCAACCCAGACUGCUCUCUCUGGGAAUGGACCGCAGACUGGUGGAGUAUGACCUGGAAAACAGUGACGUGAACAAGGUACUCAUCCUAAGCUCAGAGCGCAUUGAGCAGAGCGCUGUGCCAAUGUGCAUGACUUGGUAUCCUCCCCUCACUGCAGAGCAGUUUCUACUCAUUGCCUCAGAUCAAUACAAGAUGAAGCUCUUCAACAGCACAACCAAGAUGUGCAGAAAGACUCUCCUCGGCCCAACAUACGGCUCUCCCGUUAAGAAAACAGAGGUCCUUCGUGUGUCUAAGGAUCCUGAAAAGAGCUCAUAUUUCCUGGCAUAUAUCACAGAGGACAAGGUGGGUCUCCAGAUUUUGCCUCUGGAUGGGAACCCCUACAAGUCAAAUGCUUUGAUCUGCCACCCAGCAGGAGCGUCUACUUUUGCCUGCUCCUACGACGGCCGGUUUGUUUUCACUGCAGGACGAUCUGACUGCACUGUCCUGUCGUGGGAGAUUAGCUUAAAUGCGCUGGAGGCAGCAGCAACCUUGGGAGGAAAGGACCUGGUGCCCUUUUACGCUCUUUUGGAAGGAGGUAGAGAUGGCAAGUUCUACAGGGAGAUGGAGGACUUUUUCUAUUACUGCCAAGUUCGUCAUCAAGGCACUGACUCAAUGGAGACACGACAGUUGUCUACCAAAAUUCCCCUGGCGGAGGUCCCUUCUCUAAUGAGAGCUUUGGCCUUCUUUCCUACUGAGCAAGAGAUAGAAGAUAUGCAAAACGAGGUUAAGUUCAGCAAGUAUGCUGAAACAGGAAAAUACGUGACCGACAUUGACCUGGAGGAGUUUAUCAAGCUGUAUGUCAACCACCGGCCAGCGUUUGGCAUCUCCUGCACUGAGCUCGAUGAAGCUUUUCACAUCCUGGGUGACGAUGGUAGAACAGGACAGCCUGUUCUGCAGAGACAUGAACUGCUACAACUUCUACAGGCUCGAGGAGAACACAUGACAGAGGAAGAGGUGGCAGAGUGUUUCACUACACUUUUAGGACUCAAUGACGAAGAAGAAGAAGAACAAGAACAAGAAGACAAAGCAGGCAGAGGAGGGGAACAGUCUGAGCAUGACAUUUAUAAAUCUGACAGUGGCGAUUCAGUGUAUUCACUGGAGUGUGCGAUCCCAGAUGAGAUAUCCAUGGAGACAUUCACACAUCACAUCCUGGGCUUUCCGUCCUCAGCAGAGCAGAGCGGCAGGUCUUCACCUCCAGAGUAA